AGCAGCUUGACUGGAACGUGGUGAGCACGAGCUCGCACACGCCCAAGCCUCGCGAUAUUUACCAGCCUUGGGCGAGCCGUUGGGCUCGCGCCUGCGCGCAACACAGCUCGCGCCUUCCCGCUUUUUUCUGGAUUCUUCCGCCACUGGAAGGGAAGCGGCGGGCUCCUGUGCCGCAGGUGGGAUGACUUCAGAGACCCGCGGGACACCAGGUGGUGACUUUUCCUCAACCGUGCUCAGCCAGAAGUCGCUGGUCCGGACUCAGACACUGGACCACCAUGCCUACCCUUCGAUCUUCCUCCUCCUUGCUCCAUAGCUCCUCCUCUCCAAGCAAUGUGUCCUCUCCACUGCAAAGAGCAGUGAGAGGUGGACAGAGGGACUUGUCUACAUCUCCUAGUUUGUCUGUCAGUGUGCCCUGUGAUGACAGGGACUCGGACCAGACUAAAGAGGGGGAUAGUGAUUCUUUAUCAGCUGAUGAAGGCAGUGACUUCGAAGACAGCUUGAGACACAAUAUGAAGAAGAGAGCAGCAAAACGACCACUCAAAACAACCCCAGUGGCAAAACAUCCAAAGAAGGGGUCCCGAAUGGUACGUGGUCGUAGCCAGAAAGAGUCAGAGCCACCAGCCAGUGAUCUUUUUGAUGCUGUGAGAGCUGCCCAAAGUGACAUGCAGUCUCUGGUGGAUGAGUGGCUGGAGAGCUACAAGCAAGACCAGGAUGCAGGAUUCCUGGAGCUUAUUAACUUUUUCAUCCGAUCUUGUGGAUGUAAAGGCACUGUGACCCCCGAGAUGUUCAAGAAGAUGUCCAACUCAGAGAUCAUCCGGCACCUAACAGAACAGUUUAAUGAGGACUCAGGAGACUAUCCCCUGACAGCUCCAGGUCCAUCCUGGAAGAAGUUCCAGGGAAGUUUUUGUGAAUUUGUGAGGACAUUGGUCUACCAGUGCCAGUACAGCCUCCUUUAUGAUGGCUUCCCUAUGGACAACCUCAUUUCCCUGCUCACUGGCCUCUCGGACUCCCAAGUCCGUGCCUUCCGUCACACUAGCACCCUGGCUGCCAUGAAGCUAAUGACCUCUCUGGUAAGAGUUGCCCUCCAACUGAGUUUGCACAAAGACAACAAUCAACGUCAGUAUGAGGCUGAACGAAACAAGGGGCCAGAACAGAGAGCACCUGAGCGGCUGGAGAGCCUGUUGGAGAAACGCAAAGAGCUCCAAGAGCAUCAAGAGGAGAUUGAGGGGAUGAUGAAUGCCCUCUUCAGGGGUGUCUUCGUACAUCGAUACAGGGAUGUCCUUCCUGAGAUCCGUGCUAUCUGCAUCGAGGAGAUUGGGUCUUGGAUGCAAAGCUACAGUACCUCCUUCCUCACUGACAGCUAUUUAAAAUAUAUUGGCUGGACCCUGCAUGAUAAGCAUCGAGAAGUCCGUCUGAAGUGCCUGAAGGCUCUCAAAGGACUGUAUAGCAACCGGGACUUAACUACACGCCUGGAGCUCUUUACUAGCCGCUUCAAGGACCGGAUGGUUUCCAUGGUCAUGGACCGAGAGUAUGAUGUGGCAGUGGAGGCCGUCAGGUUGCUAAUACUUAUCCUUAAGAACAUGGAAGGGGUGCUGACAGAUGCUGACUGUGAGAGUAUCUAUCCUGUUGUAUACGCCUCUAAUCGAGCCCUGGCCUCUGCUGCAGGGGAAUUUCUGUACUGGAAGCUCUUUUACCCUGAGUGUGAGACGAGAACAGUGGGUGGGAGAGAGCGACGCCGAAGUCCACGUGCCCAGAAGACUUUCUUCCACCUUCUGCUGUCCUUCUUUGUGGAGAGUGAGCUCCAUAACCAUGCUGCUUACUUAGUAGACAGCCUGUGGGACUGUGCGGGGUCUCAGCUGAAGGACUGGGAGAGUCUGACAAGUUUGCUACUGGAGAAGGACCAGAACCUGGGCGAUGUGCAGGAGAGCACGCUGAUAGAAAUCCUUGUGUCCAGUGUCCGGCAAGCUUCAGAGGGUCACCCCCCUGUUGGGCGGGUCACUGGGAGGAAGGGCUUAACCCUUAAAGAACGUAAGAUCCAAGCAGAUGACAAGGUGAAGCUGACUGAGCACCUCAUUCCCCUGCUACCCCAGCUCCUGGCCAAGUUCUCAGCUGAUGCAGAGAAGGUUGCUCCCCUGCUUCAGCUUCUCAACUACUUUGACCUCAACAUCUACUGCACCAGGCGCUUAGAGAAGCACCUGGAGCUGUUCUUGCAGCAACUCCAGGAGGUAGUGGUGAAGCAUGCAGAGCCAGUGGUGCUUGAGGCUGGAGCUCACGCCCUCUAUCUGCUCUGUAAUCCUGAGUUCACGUUCUUUAGCCGGGUGGACUUUGCCCGCAGCCAAUUGGUAGAUCUGCUGACUGACCGCUUCCAGCAAGAACUUGAAGAGCUGCUGCAGUCAUCCUUCCUAGAUGAGGAUGAGGUGUACAGUCUGACAGCCACUCUGAAGCGCCUCUCUGCCUUUUACAAUGCUCAUGACCUAACACGCUGGGAGCUCUACGAACCAUGCUACCGACUCCUCCGGAAGGCUGUGGACACAGGAGAGAUUCCUCACCAGGUGAUCCUGCCAGCUCUGACUCUUGUCUAUUUUUCCAUCCUCUGGACACUAACCCACCUUUCUGGAUCAGGUGCUUCCCAGCCACUGUCUCCACAGAAGCAGCUGUUGAACUUGAAAGGCAGAAUGGUGGCCUUCUGUGAACUUUGCCAGAGCUGCCUCUCAGAUGUGGAUCCUGAGAUCCAGGAGCAAGCUUUCGUCUUAUUAAGUGAUCUACUUCUCAUCUUCAGCCCUCAGAUGACUGUAGGGGGACGUGAUUUCCUUAGGCCCCUUGUCUUUCUUCCUGAAGCCACUCUCCAGUCUGAGCUAGCCAGCUUCCUCAUGGACCACGUCUUCAUCCAGCCUGGAGAACUGGGCGGGGGUCAUUCCCAAGAGGACCAUUUACAGAUAGAGCAGUUGCACCAGCGGCGCCGCCUCCUUGCUGGGUUCUGCAAGCUGUUACUUUAUGGGGUGCUGGAGAUGGAUGCAGCUUCAGAUGUUUUCAAACAUUAUAACAAGUUUUACAAUGACUAUGGUGACAUUAUCAAGGAAACGUUAACAAGAGCGAGACAGAUUGACCGAAGUCAUUGUUCCCGAAUCCUGCUGCUGAGCCUCAAGCAGUUGUACACAGAACUGCUGCAAGAACAGGGGCCCCAGGACCUGAAUGAGCUUCCAGCCUUCAUUGAGAUGAGGGACUUGGCCCGAAGGUUUGCCCUGAGCUUUGGACCCCAGCAGCUACAGAACCGUGACCUUAUAGUCAUGCUACACAAGGAAGGCAUCAAGUUCUCCUUGUCUGAGCUUCCUCCAACUGGCUCCUCCGGUCAGCCCCCAAACCUAGCAUUCCUGGAGCUCCUUUCAGAGUUCUCCCCUCGACUCUUCCAUCAGGACAAGAAGCUACUAUUGUCCUACCUGGAGAAGUGUCUGCAGCGUGUCUCCCAGGCACCGGGCCAUCCCUGGGGUCCAGUCACCACCUAUUGCCACUCCCUCAGCCCUGUAGAGAACACAGCAGAGGCUAGCCCUCAGGGCUACCCCCACUCCAAGAAGAGGCGUAUUGAAGGCUCCUCCAGGCAACACAGAGAGGACACCUCUUCAUCCCAGGAGGAAAGCCUACCUUUGAACAGCAUCCUACCCACACCUACCCUCACCUCCACAGCUGUGAAGAAUAGGCAGCCCCUGGGGGGCUUGGAAGAGAUAGAAGAAGAAGGCGGCUCAGAAUCAAAGUUUACCCAAGGCCAGCCCCUUUCAGGUACCCAGAGGUCAAGGUUCUCGAGUCCACAGCAUUUUCAUACUCCACUCAAUCCUUCAGGUCCUGGUCUGGGCAACCGGCUGACCCGACUCAGCCUCAUGGAAGAGGAUGAAGAGGAGUUAGAAAUUCAGAAUGAGUCAGGUGAAGAAUGGCAAGAUCCAGUCAAGCACUCUUCCCCCAGUGAGCCUGGGCUGGACCUCUUAGAUUCUACAGAGCUGAAUGUUGAGGAUUUCUGACAUGACUCUGCACCUUUCCCCAUCUUCACCCCCCAUCUCAACGACAUGACCACUUGGAGAAGGGAGCAAAAGGAACCAGUACUUCCAGGCCCCACCCAUGGUGUCUGAGGGGAGGGAGAGGUGGGCUUUGCCUUUCUAACCUAACCUUUCUCUGACGAUGUUGAGAUGAAGAAGCCUUAAGCCCCUGUCUUCCUAAUAACACCUUGGCUCUGUUCCUCUGUGUUUGAGCAGAGUGGCUAUUUCUUUCUGUGUUUGGAGGGGUGGGGGCUUCACCUCAGUAUCUUUUGAGAGGGGCACUGCUUCCCUUUGUUUAAUGGAAAGAGCCUAAUAGUUUUUCUGUAUUUUUGGAACAUCUUUCCCAGCCUUGUUGUGCCCUGGUUGAUUAGCUCAAUAAACAUGUUCGAAUCAGCUGGU